AUGGAUUAUUCUGAUUUCUACGUAUUCAGGAAAGCCAAAAGCUCGCUAUUCUCAUGUUGCAGUGACUCCGAUACCACCCUCAAAGAUGAUGAACUCCUUGUCGAUGAACACAACAAUGGUGUUGAUGGAAUCUUGUCUCCAUUGUUUUGCGGUUCUAUCGCUGAUGGCUUUGAUAGCUGCGAAUUAUGUGACAUAAAAAAUGUGGAUCAGCCAACUAUAUUUUCCAAUACUGUCGGUGAUAUUGAUAAACACGAAGAAUUUCAAACUACUAGUAUCAGUGAGUUCAAGUUUGAUAAGUUGUGUAAGCCCACUGGUAUAGUCGUAGAUAAAGAUGGAUUGACUCCCAUUAGCGAUGUAUUGGAUAGGAUUACCAUGUUGACAUUCAAUACGGGGCUUCUGGAGUUAAGAUUGCUGGGUAUGCAAGUUUAUCAAAACCCCCCUUUCACUCAACGCCGCCUAAUGCAUAUGCCAGGUGAACUAAGCAAUGCAAAUUCUGAUGUUAUAGCACUUCAGGAAGUUUAUGCCAAAAGUCAUGCCCACUUUCUCACCGCCCAUAUGAAGUCAAAAUAUCCUUAUAUAGUGAGGAGUAAUUUUAUUGACCGUGAAUUUAUCGUUAAGCACAACAUAACUUUUUCAAGGCCAAACGUUUAUCACAGCAAAUUUAGAAAUAAAACACUAUUUCAUCAUGGAUUGAUGUUUCUGAGUAAAUUCCCCAUAAUAUUCGCCAAAUUUCACUCCUGGCGAGAUGUUACACAUUUGGAGGGUAUUUUUGGCAAUAAGGGCUUUAUGGAGGUUAUCUGCGAUGUCCCCUCAGUUGGUCUAGUCACAUUUUUCAACAUACAUAUGGCUUCUGCUGCUCUAAAUCCCGAAUCCAAGCAGGUGGAGCAGCUUAGAUUGGCUGAAGUUAAACAGCUUUUUGAGGCAAUAUCCAUUGCAAUUGAAAAUAAGACUAUACCCAUUGUGAUUGGUGAUUUGAAUGCUUCUCCGGAUAAUUGCGCUAGCAAUUAUCAUUACUUUUUGGAGCAGGGAUGGAUCGACAGUUGGAAUGUUACCAAACGAAGGAAGAGCACGAGAAUUAGGAGGGGUGGCAAUACUGGCAUUAAUUCUGGACUAUGUAAGACUAUUCAAUCACUUAAAAUUCCAUUUAGCGACAAUUCCCGUCUUAUGCAAACUAACCGCCAAGCACGAUUUCAAAUGCCCCUAAGCACCAGGAAAAGCAAUAAGAAGCUCUCACUUCGAGUUAAAGACUUCCAAGAUCCACUUACCAAAUCUGUUAAAGUCCCCAUUAUAUCCGAAAAAUCUUUUGCUGGGGCUAAUUGCAGAAAUUGUAGUGACGAUGGGAGAUCUAUAGUAGACAGAUUGAACAAUAUAGGUAUUGGCAAUAAUAAUAAAAAUUCACUGAUGGCAAAAAACAAUGUUAACAAUAAUACUGGUUGUAUUUUGCGUGUGUCAAAGACAGUUGAUCGAUUAGAGCAUGCCAGAUGUGAUUUUAAACGCUGUAGUACGUCCCUGGUGGACACUAGUGAUAACUUUGUCUUUAAAAGGUCAAACUCGUGGCACCUUUUCACCACCCAAGCCCACACUGCCUUGGACACUGCAUUUGAAGACGAUUACUCACAUUUGGAAAAGAUCCAAACAAUAUCGUUCGAAUGUCCUGAAACCUACAAUCUUAAAAAUUCUAGUCAAACAUCAAUCAAAAUGUUAGAUCAGAAGACUAGUAAUUGUUCAGUCUUCAAUGAAACAGGCUUUGAUAGCGGCGGUUCCUAUAGUUACAGUGGCAGAAUACGCGGGUCUAGCAGUAUAACGCUUUACAAGGGCAGUUACCGGGUUAAUUUCUUCUCCAAGUAUAAUAGAUUUGACAACUAUCACCGCAAGUCAUAUUCUCCCAAUAAUAGAUUGCCAGGGUAUACUCAAUUUGGCCGCAGGCGUAUAUUGGCAAUUAAGAAAAGCAAUAACAUAGAUGAGUAUACGUGGGAUCCUAUGAACCCACUAAAUAAGAUUGGUCCACAUUCAUCUUGCAGCGGUUUAAGGUGUGAUUAUAUAUUCCUACCACCUCCAAGCGCAGCUAGAAAGCUGUUGCAAUACGCGCCAAAGUGGUCUGAAAUCAUGUUCACUGAGCCCUGCGUGUUGGUAGAUCACGAUUUGCAGAAUUGUAAUUUUGCCUACGGCAUUUGUAUGUCCAUGAAAAAGCUUAUGCUUGUUACCAUAUCUGACCAUUAUGCUCUAAAAAUCGUCCUGGUCCACAAGGGUUCAGCCCUAAAGUCUUAA